GUCUGUAUAUAUUCACCACGCAGACACCCGUGCAAACAACAGCGGACGGCAACGAACUUUCAAAAUGCAUAAUAACAGACCAUGCCUCCUCUCUCUCCUCCUCCUCCUCCUCUGCGCCGUCGUCGCCCACGGCCGUCUCAUCUCCGACGGGGGCCUCCACCAGCCGCCCGAACUCCUCCGCCUCAAACCCUCCGCCGCUGCCUCCUCCUGCGACCAGACGUACGGGUUCAUGCCCUGCACCACCACUGUACUGGGAAACCUCUUCCUAAUCCUCGCCUACGGCUACCUAAUGUACCUCGGCGCCACCUACUUGUCUAGCGGGAGUGAGAUGUUGCUCGAGAUUCUAGGGCCCGGUAUCAUCGGCGGCCUCUUCCUUCCCAUUCUCGGCGCUCUUCCCGAUGCCAUGCUCAUUCUCGUAUCUGGACUCUCUGGAAGUACAGUAACUGCUCAAAGUCAGGUCUCUGUGGGAAUGGGCUUGCUAGCUGGGUCCACAGUCAUGCUCCUAACAGUAAUUUGGGGAACUUGUGUUGUCGUUGGGAAGUGUGACCUCCAGGAUUCACUUGCAAUAGAUGGAAAAGAUACAGUGGGAUUUAGCUUAACUGGCUCUGGUGUCAGUACUGACAUCUGGACUAGCUAUGCUGCCAGAAUAAUGGCUGUAUCUGUAGUCCCGUUUCUCAUUGUCCAAUUACCACAACUCAUGAGCUCAACUUCUGGAAGGCACUUGGCAGUUUUGAUUGCACUCGUUGUCUCUCUCUUGCUGCUGAUUGCAUAUUGCGUCUAUCAGGUUUUCCAGCCCUCGAUACAAAGGAGAAAACUUGAAUAUGCAAAGCGUAAGCAUGUGAUGUCGGGAGUUCUACGGCAUUUAAGGAAGCAUGCGCUAGGAAGGCUUCGCAGAGACGAUGGUAAACCUAAUGAAGAAGUUAUAAAGAUGCUUUUUAAUUCAAUUGACGGGAGUAAUGAUGGGUACAUUUCAGCCACUGAAAUGAGAGCUUUUAUAGUGGGUGUACAGUUUGAUGAGGUUAACUUGGAUCAGGAUGAUGCUAUUAAUAAAGUGAUGAGUGAUUUUGACACGUCUCAUGACGGGCGAAUUGAUUUUCUUGAGUUUGUCAAUGGAAUCUCAAAAUGGCUUGGAGAGGCGAAGAGCUCUGGGGUUGAUUCUCAUGAUGCUGGCCCUGACACGAUUAAAUAUCUGGACCACUUCCAUCUGCAAACGAAGAGAGAGCACGAUCGUUUGGGGGAUCAAAGCUUGAUGGAUCAAAGCAAUGAAAUGGUCGAGGGCUUUGAAAAACCUAAGUGGACCUCUAUUAAAGCAGCUUUGUUGUUGUUGCUGGGGACUCUCAUUGCAGCAGCAUUCGCAGAUCCUUUGGUAGAUGCGGUUGAUAAUUUCUCCGAUGCCACAAGCAUUCCUUCUUUCUUCAUCUCAUUUAUUGUGCUUCCUUUGGCUACCAACUCCAGUGAGUCGGUAUCAGCAAUUAUAUUUGCUAGCCGGAAAAGGCGGAGAUCUGCCUCCUUAACUUUCUCCGAGUUAUAUGGGGCAGCAACAAUGAACAACCUCCUUUGCUUAGCAGUCUUCUUAGCGUUGGUUUACGUCAGGGACUUGACUUGGGACUUCUCAGCAGAAGUUCUGGUCAUUGUUGUUGUUUGCCUUGUGAUGGGUGCAUUCGCCAGCUUCCGCACCACCUUCCCUCUCUGGACAUCUUUCGUGGCGUUUCUCCUGUAUCCGUUUUCCCUGGCACUGGUAUAUGUUCUUGACUAUAUUGUUGGCUGGUCAUAGAUUCACAAGCUGAGACUUUUUUUUGGUAACGAACUAAUCAUCAGAACUAGAUUAGUGUCUGGAUUAAUCCCAUUGGUGACUGUGAAAAGUCUUGGACUAUGAGAGUAAAUUUUCUUGAUACAUGGUAAGGCAUUACAUUGCCUUGCAUACAUACCGAUUGUACACAAGACUCUUUGAAAUGUAUGUAACAAACUCGUGUUGGACAAUCGAUAAUUGGGUAAAUGUUUUUGGUUA